AUGAAGUAUCUCACCUCCCUUGUCUGCCUCCUGGCACCUCUGUCUGUUCUCGCGGCCCCUCUCGAGGAGCGACAGGCCGCGCAGAGCAUCGACAAGCUCAUCAAGGCCAAAGGCAAGCAGUAUUAUGGAACCUGCAGCGACCAGAACCGUCUCACCACAGGCAAGAGCGCCGACAUCAUCAAGGCCAACUUCGGCCAGGUGACGCCCGAGAACUCGAUGAAGUGGGACCAGAUCGAGCCCAACCGCGGGCAGUUCAACUGGGCCAACGCCGACUACCUCGUCAACUUUGCCCAGCAGAACGGCAAGCUCGUGCGCGGGCACACCCUUGUCUGGCACUCGCAGCUCGCGGGCUGGGUCAACAACGUGCGCGACCGCGCCGGCUUGACGCAGGUCAUCCAGGACCAUAUCAACUCCGUCAUGGGACGGUACAAGGGCAAGAUUUACCACUGGGACGUCGUGAACGAGAUCUUCAACGAGGAUGGAUCCCUUCGAUCUUCCGUCUUCUCGCAGGUCCUCGGCGAGGACUUUGUUGGAAUUGCUUUCCGCGCUGCGAGGGCCGCUGACCCUGCUGCCAAGCUGUACAUCAACGACUACAACCUCGACCAGGCCAGCUACGCCAAGACGCAGGCCAUGGCCCGCAAGGUGAAGGAAUGGAUCGGGCAGGGCAUCCCCAUCGACGGCAUCGGCUCCCAGGCUCAUCUUCAAGCCAACCAGGGCGGCAACGCCCUCGCGGCCCUCCAGACCCUCGCCGGCAGCGGCGUGAAGGAGGUCGCCAUCACGGAACUCGACAUCGUGGGCGCCAGCGCCAACGACUACACCGCCGUCACGCGCGCGUGUCUCCAGGUCCCCCAGUGCGUCGGCAUCACCGUCUGGGGCGUUCGCGACCCGGACAGCUGGAGGGCGCAGAACAACCCGCUGCUGUUCGACGCCAACUUCAACCCCAAGCCGGCUUACAACGCCGUCGUUCAGGCUCUUCAGUAA